UAAAUCUUUCUCUCUCUCUAUCUUCUAUUAUUUUAUUAUGACAAUUGACAACAUUUGUUGGCUUCUUACUUCUUCUUACCCGUUAGUCUUUCUCUUUUAUUCUCGAUCGUAUAAAAGUAAUGCUAUCAGAAGAUUCACAACUCAUUCUCUUCACUACUAUAGUCUAUAGUGAUACUCUUUGUCAAAACUUUAGCCCAAAGUCAUGGAAGCUACAACUACAAGAUUUGAGUUAACACAGCCCGACCUUACACUCAUUCCACUUCAUUACAUCCAAAAGGGACUUCUCUUCCCAAAACCAUCUCAGCCCUUCACUCAAUGGAUCCAACGCUUGGAAACCGCUUUCUUCAAAGCACUCGAUAUUUUCUAUCCUCUAGCGGGUCGCCUAGUCAUGACCCAAAACGACGACGUUCAACUUACCAAAUCUUUCUUCAUAGACUGCAAUGGCGCUGGCGGUGCUUUCUUUGACCACGUCACCUUUCACGACGUUACAGUUGCCGAUAUUCUCGAUCCGCUCUACAUCCCAGACGACGUCGUUUACUCUUUCUUUCCCUUGAACUUUGUUUGUAACUUCCAAGGAGUUUCAAAACCGUUGCUGGCGGCUCAAGUAACGGAGUUAGUUGACGGUGUUUUCAUUGGUCUCUCAGCCAAUCAUUGCGUUGCGGAUGGGACUAUGUUUUGGCUUUUCUUCAACACGUGGUCUCAAAUCUGUCGCCAAAACAGCGUCGUUUUAGACCCUCCACACCCAGUUUUCGAUCGUGACCAAUUCUUUGAAGGUAUCAACCCAUAUCUUCUUCCACUUAGAAUACCUUUUGAUCCAGAUCGAAAAACAAACAACACUCCUAGCUCAACACCAAUCACAUUGAAGCAAAGAAUGUUUCGCUUUUCAAAAGAAACCAUAGCCAAACUCAAAGCUAAAGCCAAAGCUGAGAUAAUCCAUUUGUCACCCACAAAAUCCAUUAAUAAUAUAUCGUCUCUUCAAGCGGUCAUGGCUCACCUUUGGGUGUCCAUAACCCGGAACCGAAGUUACCUGAAAUCCGAAGACGAAGUGAACUACAUUGUAAUGGUGGGUCUCAGGCAAAGAAUGGAGCCGCCAUUAUCAGAAGCGUAUUGUGGCAAUGCGGUGAUGUUUGGGAAUGUGGAGACCACGGCAGGGAAGCUUUUGGGUAAGAAUGGAUUGGGCUGGGCAGCAUUGAAAAUGAAUAAGAUGGUCGUUUCGCAUACCCCUAAAAAGGCCCAAGAGUACUUGAAGAAUUGGGCCGAAAGCCCAGACGAAAUAAAAAUGAAGAAAGAGUUAGGGUGUGAACUGUUGACGGGUAGUUCACCACGGUUCAAUGUUUAUGGGAAUGAUUUUGGUUGGGGAAGACCAGUUACUGUGAGAAGUGGUCCAGGGAACAAGUAUGAUGGGAAGUUGACUGUUUUUCCUGGGUCUGAACACGGAAGCAUUGACUUUGAGGUUUGUCUUCGAGCUCAGACACUUGAAUCCAUGUCAGUAGAUAAACAGUUCAUGGAGACUGUAACCAUAUGAUUAGUAUUGUUGUUUCUUUUGAGUAAUGAUAUAUGCUUUGAUAAACUUAUGCACUUAAAUAUUAUACGCAGUUUUUUUAAAUCUGGUUUGAAAAGUAUUGUAUAAUAUUGGGAUUUGGGAUUUGGGUGUAUAUUUUGGUUCAACAUAUCCUUAUUGUUUUAUUAUUAUUGAAAUAUGUCAUUUUACCUAUGGCAAAA